UCUGACUUCAGAGCUCUGGCUUUUCAAGAGGGCAGGGCAGGGCUGGGAGAAGCAGAGUUGAAAUCGUCUCUGAAACAGCUGGAAAAGGACAAUAGAAGUGUCAGCAACAUGCAGGAGCUGAGCAUAGCCAUGGCAGAAGACAUCCUUGAUAUCCCAGCCCUGGGCCGCCCCUUUCAGCUGGGGAUGCUGUACGACUGCCGCAAAGAUGCCCUCAUCCCAGGAGUGACCCUUUGGGACUGCAGCUCUCCUCAGAAGGACCCGACCAUCAAGCCACAGCCCACAACAGCCACUAAAAUCAUUGCAUCUGACAGCAUAGAUGACAAGGCCUCUGCCCUGGACAUCUCAGCAUCCCUCAAGGCCAGUUUCCUGGGAGGACUGGUUGAAGUGGGAGGGUCAGCCGAAUAUCUUCAUGACACCAAGAAGUCCAAGAAACAGGCCAGACUCACCCUUCAGUACAAAGCCACCACCAGGUAUGAACAUCUGACAAUGAGCCACCUAGGAAUCCAGAAUGUCUCUUACCCAGCCAUCUUUGAGCAGGGCACAGCCACCCAUGUGGUCAUCGCCAUCCUCUAUGGAGGCCAGGCCUUUUUUGUCUUUGACCGAGAAGUUUCUCCAACGGAGAUGGUGAAAGAUAUAGAAGGAAACCUCAAGUCUACACUCAUAAAGGAAAUAUCUAUUGGAGCAGAGGUCCAGCUGACUGAGGAGGAGAAAGCAAAUGCUCUGAAGUUCAGAUGUAAGAUCCAUGGAGACUUUUCUCUGGAAAGAAAUCUAAUCCCUUUCCAAGAUGCUAUGAAAGUUUAUGCAAGUCUACCAAAAAUGUUAGGGAAAGAGAAGGCUGUUCCUAUACGGGUCUGGCUCUCCCCACUGACCAGGUUGGACACCAGAGCAGCUAAGAUGGUCCGUGAGAUCAGUGUAGGGUUGGUCUUUGAUGCUGAAAAGAUCUUGGAGGAUCUCAAUGAAAUAGAGAUGCAAAGCAACGAUCUAAUCAAUGAUCCCAUUGCUGAGACGUUCCCUGAGAUCCAGAGGAAGAUCCAGAACUUCAAGGAUCUCUGCAGGCAACACAAGCAGACUUUCCAGAAACAGCUGGCCACAGUGUUGCCUUCCAUCCGGGGAGGAGAGCUGGAGGAAGGGACCCUGGUGAACAUCUUGAGGUCUGUCAACCAGAUGCCCUUUAACAGUCAAAGGCUCCGUGAAUUUCUGGACACCAAGAAAAGAGAAAUUGAGAUUGUCAGAUCUUAUCUGACUAUUCUAAGUGAAAUACCAGUUAUCUCAUCCAAGAAAAAGCUGGAAGAAAUAGUUGUGCACCCCCAGAAUGUAUACGUGGUCUCCUUUGUAUUCACCUCUUUACAUGAAGAGGAGCCAUUUCUGUUGACCUUAAAGGACUGGCUUCAUGAGCGGUUCUUGCAACAAUCUUCUAGCACUAUUCCUGGGGUGAAGAAAGGCCUGGCCUGGUUUGAGAACAAGGAGACAACCCGUAAUGCUUGCCACACUGUCAAAUCCAUGAAGGACUAUUUCAGUAUCAACCAACCCAAUGAGAAGGUCCGCUUUGUUGUGGCCUCACUCCCAGAUGUGGACAACCCAGGAGCCUCAAUAUACCUUUAUGAAAAUGGAGAGCUGGUCAGCAAGAACUUUGAGUUGCCCUCAAAACCUCUUCCUCUCCUGAUCAGUGAAAUGAGACAUGACAGCAUUCGGCUGAGGUUUCAACCAGCGGAAUAUGGGAGGGCUGCCAUCUCCAGCUAUCUGAUAUGGUACAAGAUUACAGGGGAAGAAAACUGGAAAUCAGAGAGGGUAGAAGGCACCAGGAAAACUUUCCUACUGAAAAAUCUGGCUCCAAACACAGAGUACCAGUUCAAGUACACUGCUUGUUGCAAACUGGGCCUUAGUGAAACCAGUGACCUCAGCCUGCCCACAAAGACCCUUCCCACCAGCCCUCCUGAGAAAUUAAGAGAAAUUGAGGCAACAUCUUCUACCAUCUCUCUGGCCUGGAACCGUCCCAGCAUCGUUGCUUCCGGAGUUAAGGUCAAGGAGUACAAGGUACGUCGCUGUGGUCGUCCCGGAUGUUACUCCCCCAUCGCAAAUGCAAAACCGGUUGACAAGGUAGAACCAGUGUUGGAGGACCGACUGAUACUUGACUUGGCUGAAUUCCCGACUCGUCAACCUGCUAUACAGAACCCAAGUGUCGAAGAAUUCCCGUCAGACCUUUGGGAACGGCUACAGCGUAUCAAGAUUGACGGUGCCGCUACUGAGGAUGGCGAAGAUGCGAUUUGAUGCGUGUCGAUUCCGGCACACAAGCUCUGGGCUCAAAGAUCAGGACAAGGAAUUCAACUCUGCUUCCAGAAUUUUCUCCCAAUAAUCUGAGCGCAUUCCCCAUACAGGCAGUCCUCGACUUACAACAGUUGGCUUAGCAAUGUCCCCGAACGAUGGGACCUAUGACCCCUUUCUCAUGCUUACGACUAUACUCAUGUGAUUUGGAUGCUUGGACAGCCGACUCACAUUUAUGACCCCGGGGUCACGCUAUCCCUCGCCCCUUUUUACAACCUUUCGACCAACAAAGUCAACAGGAAAUCCCAAUUCACUUAACGACUGGGUGACUUUCUUAACCACCGCUGGGAUUCCCGGUGAGAAAAAACUGGGAAAGGGGACGAAAUUCACUGAACCCGUUUCUCACUUAGCAACACUUGGGUGGGGCUCAACUGGGGUCAUAAGUUGAGGACUAGCUGUAUGGCGGAGUCUCCUCUUCCGGAUAUAAGCAUGAAGACAAAAAAGACUCCACAUCUCAAAUCAAGAUUAUGCUUUUUACAAUCAAACAAUACUCAAUGGACUGAUUUCGCAAAUAAAGAGUUAAAAUUCUGAAUUUUCA